AUGAAAGUGCCCCCUUUGACGAACCCUUAUCACAACCUUGAGCAAUCAUCGAAUGACCUUUACGAUAAUGUGCGAAGUCCAUCACUCGAGCCUGUGUCCAAAGGCCAAGGUUAUGAAGCUGGAAGCGUCAGAGGUCGAGUGGCUACUUCUCCAGAUUCGGUCAACUUGACUUCCAACAAUGAUGCGCUCGGCAGUAAUGCCGAUUAUCAGUCAUGGAAUGAGAAGCUCCAUCGCUUCGCGGCCAAAGGCUUGGACCUAGACACGCAGCAGUUUCUACAAAAAGGCCGUCAAAAAGACUUCGAGGAACUUCAAAAAAUGGGAGCCUUUGUGAAACCCUCUGACGAAUUCAGCGACGCGCUACUGCAAUCCUUCUUCAGAUAUGUGCAUCCAGUGCAUCCGAUUUUAUGUCGCUCAACAGUCCUCGAGUCAUACAAGUCUGAUCAGCUUUCACCUCUGUUGCUGAAUGCCAUAUUUCUUGUGGGCGUGUCGCAUGUUCCCGAAUGUUUAUACAAGGCUGCUGGUUUCAAAAGCCGGUAUAUUGCGAACGUCACUUUCUACCUAAGGGCUAAAGCCCUCUACGAUGCAAACUAUGAACAGGAUUCCAUCACCACCCUACAGGCUCUCGUUCUGAUGUCGCACUGGUGGGGAGGUUUGACAGAGCCGAAAAGCUCAUUGUAUUGGUUGGGCGUUGCCGCGGUCCUGGCAGAAUCGUUGCGGAUGCACAAAGCUGAGUCAUACGUCAACCUCAGUCCCAAUGUACGAAGGGUCCGGCGACGCCUAUGGUGGGUCAUAUUUACCAACGACACUUAUACGGCUGCUGUCCUAAAAAAGCCACGUCAUCUUCACGAAUCAUUUUGCAACGUCCCACCAUUGUCGGAGGACGACUUUGUAGACACGACUUUGAUGGAUUCGCCCUCGGAGGUCGUGAGCUCGACAAGUAUUGCCUACUUGAUUCACUUCACCAGUUUGAACCUUAAAGUGAGCAGAUAUCUCGAUAGCCAAGAUGCGAGCGGCUCCUGGCAACAUGCCGAUACGCUUUGGCAAGACGCCUCUCUCUGGGAGGCGUCUCUCCCACCCGAGUUACGUUACCGCAGUCUCCAUCGUGUGACGCCCGAGGAUCCGUGGUGGCUCUUGCUCCAUUUGUGCUACAAUACGUUUCAAAUCGCCCUUCCUCGGCCACAAGCCGAAACCACGAGUCACUUUGGUGUCGGUACAGCUCAGUUUAUUGCAGCCGCCACCAUCACCAGAUCUCUGGAAGAUAUCCACGCCUUCGACCUCCUUGAUACGUUCCCUAUAUUUGUGUAUGCAAAGUCCCAACACAAUUCCAUCCUCAAAUACCGUAGAUGCUGA